AUGUCUCUUCCCCCAACCACCGCAAACACCUCCGACAAGCCGGGUGCCAACUCGGUUACUUCACCCGUCAACAAGGAGAACAAGGAGGCGGAUAUCGACCGCAAGAUUCGUUUCUUCGGUGUUAUCCAAGCCUUCCGCGACGGCCGCUACCCUGAUAACAAGCAAAUCGACCGUACGCUCAAGUAUGUCCUCAAGAACUCCCCCGUCGACGAGGCCAAGCUUUCUCCCGAUGGCCGCAAGCUCGUCCAGGACACUCGCGACAUCAUCGAGACUGCUCGCCUGAUCGUCGCCGAGAAAAACACAGAUGAACUCUUCCAAAACUUCAUGUGGAACACUCGCAACGUCGAGUUCGACAAGGCGAAGAAGAGUCCCGACGACGUUUUGCCCGUCGACGGCGAGAAGGCUCAGGCGGACAGGCAGCAAGCCGCCCAGCACCUCCGUACUCUCCUCAACCUCAUCGCCACCAACUCCGAAGUUCGCAAACUACUCUCCGACUUCUCCCUCAUCGGUCGCGACCUGCUCGCCAUCACCGCCUCCAAAGCCGCCGACACCCUCCGUCCUGACCCUGAAGCCCUUGCUGGCGUCGACCACACUGCCCCCCCUGACCAACAUCACCCGAAGCAGGGGACCGAGGUCGAGAGAGAUGGCGAGAGAAUGGAUGGCUCAGAGGCCUUUGACAGGACGAAGGUGAAUGGCUUGGGGGCAGCGCAGGCGGCGAAGGACCGCGCCCAGUCGGAGGCGGACAUUGCUGCUCAGCAAGCACAAGACGACUCUCUUGACCCCGAAGAGAAGAAGAAGGGCUUCAUGGGUCGUUUCAACAACAUGAAGAACAACCUCUCCGACCGCGUUCCGCAAGAGCACAAGGAUAACGCUCGCGAGAAGCUCGACCGUAGUCGCCACUUCCUUACCGAGGAAUACUUCCCUGAAGAGCGUCGGGACCAGUUCAUCUACCGUGGCAAGAAGGUCAUCCUCGAGUGCCAGAAACACAACGAUUACCAGGAAUCCAUCCGCUGGCUCCUCUCCGUGGUCGAGGAGUACGUUGGUCAUGGCCAGACCAUCGCCGAACACGGCAAGGACUCGCAUUCAUCGCUCAACAACGACCCGAACCUCAAGAUCGCCACCGUACAAAUCCGUACCCUCCUUGAGCGCUUCGCCAAUGGCCAAUCUCUCGAUGUCAUCUUCAGCGCUAUCGACAAUCUCAUUCGUGACGCUCGCUCAGACGAAGAAUUCCGCGCUUGGUUCAGAAGUGUCGAUGCCUACGUGCGCAAGGUCCUUCUCGAGCCCGGCUACGUCAUUGAGCCGGUCUGCAACUCGGAGGGUCAGGAGUUGAAGGAGUCAGGCAGGAAGUUCUACGACGAUAGGUACAAGGCGCACUUUGAUGGCCUGUUCGAAGCGAUUGGGAAGUGGUUCGGUGCGAUGGGAGAGGAUCCGUUGAACAAGAGGUUCGGCGAUGACUGGGCUAGGUUGACGAAGGACCUCUUGUUCGAUAGUGAGGGAAGCUUGAAGUUCAAGCCGGAGCUUUGGUUGGACAUCAGGAAGGUGAUCUUACCGACGUUGGUCGAUCAGGUCGGAUACGUUCCCAUCCCCCGCAUCGAGUACACCGAUGACUCUCUCGACCUCGUCGUUGAGAACCUCACUCUCCAAGGCCGCAACCUGUUCCCGAACGUCGUUUCCAUCGAGGCCCACAACUACAUGAAGUUCUCACCGUACAAUACCAUCAAGGACGAGAACCACCACGAGUUCACGCUCACGCUCGGUCACAUCCAGGCCGACAUGCGUGAUGUUGCGUUCUACUUCCGCAAAAAGACUGGGUUCCCGAAGAUCACGGACUCGGGUCUUGCGGACGUUGUGCUCGGUGGACAGGGUUUGACCGCUGUCAUCCACCUCGUCAGCGCCGACAAAGACAAGAGCUCCGUCUUCAAGGUGAAGAAUGUCAACGUGAAGUUGGACUCCCUCAAAUUCUCCAUCCGCGACUCCAAGCACGACACCCUCUACAAAACUCUCAAACCCCUUGCGACCGGUCUCGUCAAACGUCAGAUCCAAAAGGCCGUCGAAGACGCUAUCACCACCGGCAUGGAAUACGUUGACGGACAGCUCGUCGGCGUUCGCGACCGCAUGCACGAAGCCUCCGCUCGUCCAGACACCAACCGCACUCAAGCCCUGCAAGAGUUGUUCCAGAGGAAGAAGGAGGAGGGUGCGGAUGUGGCGAGCAAGGCGUCGAGCAAGACGAACAGCCAGUUCAAGGUCGUGAGCAAGAGGGACUCUGCGAUCCUGCCGGGGACGGGUCAUCCGGCUGGAUGGGUGAACAGGGCGCAGGACAGGCAGGAUGCGGUCCAGGUGGGCGAUGGCUGGAAGAGCGAGGCGUUCAGCGUUGUUUGA